UUCAACUAAUAAUGUUAUAUUUUAUACAUACAUGCAUGUGCCUCAAAACUCAAGACAGGUCGCCAAAACCACAGAAUGUAACUCACAAGUCCUGCCUCACACCAAUGAAAACUUUCAUCAGCGUUCAUGAGAUUUGACUCUCUAGAGCUCUAGUCAUUCUUGCAUGGCAUCCAACUACAUGGGCAAUACUGUGAGCGUGAAUGAACACAUUUGAUUUGUGAAAGUACAAAUAUGUUGUUAAACAUCUAAAUGUACCUGUUUUAGACCAAUACUGAUUUGUGAAAACUUUACAAAUCCCAAAUGUGAACAUUUUCACAAAUAACCUUUUAUGAUUUUUGAGAGUCCAAGUGUGGUGUGGUGCUCCUUUGUGCAUGAUGACCUUCCAGCUGUCCAAGUAUUUGAAUGACCUUUAAAUGAACUAAACCUGACUUGUGAAAGCCUGUGUUUCUGAACUAAACCUGACUUGUGAAAGCCUACGGUGUUUCUGGCUUCGGGCUGUUUCUGGCCGCAUGACAUACCAAUGAAAAGCACAAGCAACAGAAAGGUCAACCUGAAGUUCAUGUUGUCACCUUAUACUUAUAUUUGCCUAUUUCCUGCAUUCCACCCAUAAGCUGCCAAUCCGGUUCGAAGGGCGACAUCUUAUAAAUCCAGCGGCUCCGAGUGAGGUCUCAGCAUACGAGACCUGAAGCGCCGCCACCAUGAAGCUGCUGCUCUGUACUCUGAUCCUGGGGCUGCUGUGCUGCACAACAGUGCACACGCUGAGAUGCUACACCUGUGUGGAUGACAACUGUAAGACGGAGAGUGAUUGUCCAGCCGACAGCAACUUCUGCAAAACUGUUUCCACCGCGCAAGAGUUCAGCAGAACAUGUGAGGAGUUCUGCGUGCCAGGAAUCAACACAUAUUGCUGCAUGAGCGACCUGUGUGGUUGAGCAGCCCUGGGCCCUCCUGCAGCAGUACACGUACACAGACACUAACACACACACACACACACAGACAC